GAGUCAGCGCAGAGGGACUGCCCGGCAGUGGUUGCGGAGCCACUCCGCCAGCCCCGCCCCCGUCUGAACUCUCUUCAGUUCAGACUCUCCCUUUCCAGAAAAAGUGGGCGUUUCCUUGACCCACCCGGGCUGAAGAGGACGCGGGCUGGAAGCAUGUGGUGCGCACUGCGCGGCUGGCUGCGCGGGGCCCGGGCGCCAGCGGCGCGCGCUCUGGUCAGCGUGGGCGCCCGGCGCCGGGAGGAGCACAGCUACGUGGUGGUGGGCGCGGGCUCGGCGGGCUGCGUGCUGGCCGCGCGGCUCUCGGAGGACCCCCAGGAGAGCGUGCUGCUGCUGGAGGCCGGGCCCAAGGACGUGCUCGUGGGGAGCAAGCGGCUCCUGUGGAAGAUCCACAUGCCCGCGGCCCUCGUGGCCAACCUGUGCGACGACAGGUACAACUGGUACUACCACACGGAGCCGCAGCCGGGCCUGGACGGCCGCGCGCUGUACUGGCCCCGCGGCCGCGUCUGGGGCGGCUCGUCGUCGCUCAACGCCAUGGUCUACAUCCGCGGGCACGCCGAGGACUACAACCGCUGGCACCGGCAGGGCGCCGUGGACUGGGACUACGCGCACUGCCUGCCCUACUUCCGCAAGGCGCAGGCCCACGAGCUGGGCGCCAGCAGGUACCGCGGCGGCGAGGGCCCUCUGCGCGUGUCCCGGGGCAAAAGCAACCAUCCGCUGCACCAGGCGUUCCUAGAGGCGGCGCAGCAGGCGGGCUACCCCUUCACGGAGGACAUGAACGGCUUCCAGCAGGAGGGAUUCGGCUGGAUGGACAUGACCAUCCACGAAGGCAAGCGCUGGAGUACUGCUUGUGCCUACCUGCACCCGGCACUGAGCCGCCCCAACCUGAAGGCCGAAGUCCAGACGCUGGUGCACAGGGUGCUGUUUGAAGGCACCCGGGCAGUGGGGGUGGAGUACGUCAAGAACGGCCAGAGCCACAGGGCUUACGCCAGCAAGGAGGUGAUUCUCAGUGGAGGCGCCAUCAACUCCCCACAGCUGCUCAUGCUCUCAGGCGUGGGGAACGCAGAUGACCUCAAGAGACUGGGCAUCCCUGUGGUGUGCCACCUUCCAGGAGUGGGCCAGAACCUCCAGGACCACCUGGAACUGUACAUCCAGCAGGAGUGCACCCGCCCCAUCACGCUGCACUCGGCACAGAGACCCAUGCAGAAGGUCCGGAUCGGCCUGGAGUGGCUCUGGAGGUUCACAGGGCAGGGCGCCACUGCCCAUCUAGAAACUGGUGGGUUCAUCCGGAGCCAGCCUGGGGUUCCCCACCCGGACAUCCAGUUCCACUUCCUGCCCUCCCAAGUGAUUGACCACGGGCGGGUGCCCACCCAGCAGGAGGCUUACCAGGUGCAUGUGGGGACCAUGAGGGGCACAAGUGUAGGCUGGCUCAAGCUGCGAAGCACCAACCCCCGGGACCAUCCUGUGAUCCAACCCAACUACUUGUCCACAGACUCUGACGUUAGAGACUUCCGUCUGUGCGUGAAGCUGUCCAGGGAGAUUUUUGCACAGAAAGCGCUGGAUCCUUUCCGGGGGAAGGAGCUCCAGCCCGGGAGCCACGUGCAGUCCGACAGAGAGAUAGACGCCUUUGUGCGGGCAAAAGCCGACAGCGCCUACCACCCCUCGUGCACCUGUAAGAUGGGCCAGUCUUCGGACCCCGCAGCCGUGGUAGACCCACAGACCAGGGUCCUGGGCACAGAGAACCUGCGGGUCGUCGACGCCUCCAUCAUGCCCAGCGUGGUCAGCGGCAACCUGAAUGCCCCCACCAUCAUGAUCGCAGAGAAAGCGGCCGACAUUAUUAAGGGGCGGCCUGCCCUCUGGGACGAGGAUGUCCCUGUCUACAAGCCCAGGGCCUUGGACACCCAGCGCUGAGGCUGCCCCUGCCCCAAGGAUAUGCCAGUAGGGCCGGGGCAGCUCUCCCACGCGCUGUUCCAUGGAGGACACUGUGGUGCCCCUUCGGGGACUGAGGGGCGCAUGAGAGCUUAGGACAUGUGGCCAGCGCUGGUCAGUGAAUCGCCUCCCCCUGGGAGUGGCUGUGUCCCAGCUGGGCUACCCUCCCUGCUUCUAGGAGGAGGGGUAACUCCCACGCCAGACACCUUUGCCCCAUGUGUAACCUGGCAUCCUCUAACCCUGCUGACGGGUUUCGAGCUCCUGCAACAGCCAGGUGCCUGCUAAGCCUGCUG